UCGACUUUAUAUGCCACAUGGUUUUGGUUGACAUAUUUUCUUACUGUUGCCUUCUCAUCUAUGGUGCUCAUUGAGAUGAAAGAGAUUGCUGAAGCCUUCCUUGGCUCAGCUGUUAAGAAUGCCGCGGUUACUGUUCCAGCCUACUUCAAUGACUCCCAACGGCAAGCCACCAAGGAUGCUGGUGUUAUUUCAGGCCUAAAUGUGAUGCGUAUUAUCAAUGAACCUACAGCAGCUGCCAUUGCUUAUGGUCUUGAUAAGAAGGCAACGAGUGUUGAUGAGAAGAAUGUGCUUAUCUUUGAUCUUGGUCCCUUGAAAAUUUUGCCUAGCCUGGCAAGACAGAAAACUACUAACUACUGAAAGCUAACUUCUGUGUUUCAAGUGAGAGCAUCCAAUAACGUACUCUCCACCGCCAGUCCACGACAACCACAGUAUAGAAGCUCAGAUAAAAGGGAAAAAGCAAAUUAUAUGAUGAUGUGGUUUCCUUCGAGUUCUGCUACUCUAGAUUUAGAGCAUAUGUAGAUACUACAAUGUCUUAUAAUUAUUUGAAAAAGCGAAUUAUAUGAUGAUGUGGUUUCCUUCGAGCUCUGCUACUCUAGAUUUAGAGCAUAUGUAGGUACUACAAUGUCUUAUAAUUAUUUGAACGCUGUGUAAUAUGCCACU